CUUUAAUGCUUUCAGAUCGAAUUUUCCCGAAAAAAGAAACACGGCGGAUCCAACAACUGAAGUCACUUCCCUUGUUUAUGGUGAAUUAAUUUUCUCUCUGAAACAGAUUCUUCUGUUCCUCCAAAGUUCUUGAAGGAGCUGGUUGAUUCAGAACAAUGAUCGCAGGAAUCGAUGCAGUGGAACUGGUUUUUAAUUAAUUGUAUCGAAUGGAGGGUUGGCUUCUGAGAUUCUGUAGUUUUAGAGGAAAUUCAGCGUUUUUGUGCCUGUUUCGCUGUAAAUUUAUGUUGAUUGUCGAGUUUUCGUGAUCCGAGAAGCUGAUCUUUUGUCCAUCCUGUGGUGUUGAAUGUUGCAUCAUUUGAUCUGAAAUUCCGUGCUCUGGGAUAUAGCUAGGUGGUUUGGCUCCUACAUUUGAAUGCAUACGAACUGUAAUUUCUUGCGGUCAUAUUGAUUAGAAUCUCAAUUUUGGGUUCUGAGGGAAAUUACAAAAGCUAUCGUCUAGAGAUUGUUCACCAAAUACUCGAGUUUCUUAUCAGCUGAAAACGAUAGUCUCAGCUUUUAAUUUCAAUGCUUACAGGAAUUUUCGGGCUUAUUCACAUAAGUAGAAGAAAGAUUGGAUCUCAUGUUUGGUUAUGCCUUUCUCACUUCUUGGAUAUUCAGAUUAGAGGGAUAGUUCUAUUGGAUCCAGAAUCAGCUGUUUGAAGGAGGUUGUAUUUUUCAGUCAAAUUGGACAUGAGAAGCCACUGGUUUCGCCAACUCUUUGUCAAUUCUGGCCGAAAACCGCCACUCAACUGGUUACUUCUGUGCUUUGUUAGCAUCUUUGGGUUAAUUGUAAUCUUUGGCUCAUCUUCUUCAAAUACCUUGAACUCUGUUGCCUCCUCCCCAAUACCUGAUAUUUAUAAGAAUUACAGAAGAUUAAAGGAGCAAGCAACAAGUGAUUUCUUGGAAAUACGGUCCCUGUCACUGGGAAUAAAAUAUACAAAGGAACUCGAUCUCUGUGGCAAGGAAAGGGAGCACUAUGUACCUUGCUAUAAUGUCUCUGCUAACCAGUUAGCUGGUUUUCUCAAUGGGGAGGAAUUUGAUCGUCAUUGUGAAGUGUCACGAGUGGGACAACGUUGUUUGGUUCGUCCCCCAAAGGACUACAAGAUUCCCUUGAGGUGGCCAGCUGGGAGGGAUGUCAUAUGGAGUGGCAAUGUGAAGAUAACCAAAGACCAAUUCCUUUCUUCGGGAAGCAUGACAAAAAGGUUAAUGUUACUAGAAGAGAAUCAGAUCGCUUUUCACUCCGAGGAUGGGAUGAUCAUUGAUGGUGUCAAAGAUUACUCUCGCCAAAUUGCUGAGAUGAUAGGAUUGGGAAGUGACUCUGAAUUUCUUCAAGCGGGUGUACGCACUGUAUUAGAUAUUGGUUGUGGAUUUGGUAGUUUUGGAGCUCAUUUGUUCUCACUAAAGUUAACGACUAUCUGUAUUUCGGCUUAUGAGGUAUUUGGGAGUCAAGUUCAGCUGUCCCUUGAGAGAGGUCUUCCAGCAAUGAUUGGCAGCUUUAUUUCAAGGCAACUUCCAUACCCAUCAUUGUCGUUUGACAUAGUUCACUGCGCUCAAUGUGGUAUCGUGUGGGAUGAGAAAGAUGGCGCCUUCCUCAUUGAAGUGGAUCGCAUACUCAGGCCUGGAGGUUACUUUGUCUUGACAUCACCUACAAGCAAACUCCAAGGGGGUUCACUUAGUACAAAGGGAUUCACAUUAACACCAAUUGCAGAAUUUACCCAGAAAAUCUGUUGGAGUUUGUUAGCUCAGCAAGAAGAGACCUUUGUUUGGCAGAAAACUUCAGAUGUUCAUUGCUAUGCAUCACGUAAGCAGGACGGUGUACCUCCUCUUUGCAAAGAAGAGGGUGAUACUCAAUUUUAUUAUCAGCCCCUCUCGUCAUGUAUAAGUGGAACCAAUAGCAAGCGUUGGGUUCCUGUACAGAACAGGUCUUCAGGCUCCCUAUUGGAUUCUGCUGAGCUUGAAGUUCAUGGAAUUCAUCCGGAUGACUUCUAUGAAGACUCACAAGUUUGGAGAUCUGCUUUGAAAAACUAUUGGUCUUUGCUUACACCCUUGAUUUUCUCUGAUCAUCCAAAAAGGCCUGGUGAUGAGGACCCACUACCUCCAUUUAACAUGGUACGAAAUGUAAUGGACAUGAAUGCUCAUUAUGGAGGUCUAAAUGCUGCAUUUCUUGAAGCAAAAAAAUCAGUCUGGGUGAUGAAUGUUGUGCCCAUUGAGAUUCCUAAUACACUUCCACUCAUACUUGAUCGAGGAUUCACUGGUGUUUUGCAUAACUGGUGUGAACCCUUCCCCACAUACCCCCGAACAUAUGACAUGCUUCAUGCUAAUGGUUUACUCUCGAUAGUUCUAAAAGAGUGUGACUUAUCAGACUUACUGUUGGAGAUGGAUCGAAUUCUUCGACCCGAGGGUUGGAUUGUCCUUUGUGAUAAAGUGCAAGCUAUAGAGAAAGCGCGGAUGCUGGUAACACAGAUCCGUUGGGAUGCACGGGUUAUUGAGCUCCAAAAUGAUGACGACCAGCGGCUACUUAUUUGUCAAAAGCCAUUUUUGAAGAAGUGAUUGGCUGAAAAUUGGGAGGUUUCAUAUUUGCAGGGAAAGAAUCAAUUUUGUUAUCUUCGAGCAUGAACCAGUUGAAAAUUUUUCCUCAUCAUCAUUGCUUGGAGUGUCCGAUGGAAGGACAUGGAGAGAGAUUGAAACAGGGGUGAUGCUGACGGUGUAGACAAGAGUAUGAUUCCCUGAUAAGUAGUCACUAUUCAUUUGAUUACGGUAUUUGUAGCAAUUCAUUCAUCCCAUUCUUUCACCAUAUUUUUAUUUCAUUGUACACUGACUGGUGUUGGAUUGAAUUCUUUGAGAGGGUCUGGAAGCAGCCUUGGUAUGUACGAUUUUGUUGUAAGUUUCUUGCUGCUUCUCCUAUUCCUUUCAUUU